GCGGUGCCGCCGUUGCCACGGGACGCGGCGUCCUUGGUUACCGGCCGGGGCGGCCGCAGCGGGGAUGGGGCCGCCGCGCUGCCUGUGUGAGAUCUGCUCCUGCGGGCGCCAUCGCUGCUGCCAUAAGCGCACGAAGAUUUACGACGAUGGGCUGCCACCGAGCCACAGAACCGAGUAUGUGGACAACUACCCCGGCUAUGGCAACAUCUGCCCGCCCAGCAGCUGUAAGCCGAAACCUGAGUUCCAACAGCACCGCGGCAAAAUGGACGGAAUCUCCAUAUUUAAAACUGAUUAUUUACCAUAUGAUGUCGUGAAGAGACCUUUUCGGGCACCAGCAGAAUAUAGACCAAAGUCGGGAAAGAUUGACCUGGGGACCAUAUACCAGAGAGAUUAUAAUCCUCAUAAAGUAGGACCAGUGACAUUAGCAAGACCUCGAGAGAGAAAACACACUACAGAUGCAAAAUUGGAUACCAUACCAACCUAUCGAGAUGACUAUAGGUUAUGGGAAGCUCAAAGAACGGAAUCUUGUAAGGUGGAGCAGACGUACCAGCCACCUACAGAGAGGUUUGGAAAUCCUUCCACGUUUCAAGAUGACUACAUUCCUAGGGAACCGAAUCCCCCAGAAAGUUUUAAACCUUCUGCAGCCAAGCUGCCAGAUGGGCCUUUCGAUGGGAACACCAUCCAUCGCACUGCUUAUGUUGUUCAUGAGAUGGAACCACGAUUCGUAAGACCAAAGGAAGAGUACAAGCCAUGCGACCAACCCUUUGAAGAUCUCACAACCCACCAGAGAGACUUCAAAGGGAUACCUGGGCAACAGGCAAAAAGCUGCAAGCCCGAACAUAGAAAAGUUGGAUCUGAUGCUCCUUUUAAUGGAACCACUGAAUUCCAGGAUCGUUAUCAGCCAGUGCUGGUUUCCUUGCCUGAGUUCCGCAAACCCAGAGAGUACGUUCCACCCACAGACAAGAUGGAUCUUAACUCCACGAACCGUCUUGACUACAUUUCACAUAAGAUUUCUCCUGCUGCCCCCAUAAGACCACCUCAUGGAAGAAGAAUUAGUGCACCUUUUCAGGGGAACACUACUACAAGAGAAGACUUUAAACCUUGGAGCAUCUGCCCACGAGGGCUUAUUAAGAAAGAACAAGAAAUUCCAAGACCCACGGGAAAAUUUGCUGAUUUAACUACAUUCAGAUCUCACUACAUACCACUUCAGGGCACUCCAGCUCAAAGUUGCAAACCUGUACAUGCUGUAGGUCUUAAUGCAGUUCCUUUUCAAGAUGAAACUCUGUAUCGCAUAGAUUACACUCCAAAGAAAACAGAGAUCUGCCCCGCACAUCAUCCCUCUAACCUGGGUUAUGUCUAUGUAAACACAGAUUCUCAGGGUCACCAAUUCUUCCGCCGGUUGAGUCCAGAACCCUCCGAGCCAAAUUGUAAUCCUAUUCCAAACGAGGUAGCUGUGACAUAAUACUGAAGUGCAAUAUUUCAAGCACCCUGGUGAAAAAAUCAGAAUCCAGCUUGUUCAGUUUUUCUUUAAAUAACACUGAAAGCAAAUUAAAUAACGCAAAUUUUGCUUUUAGAAGUUUGAAGAAAACCAAAGCAAAACCAGAAGUUUAUUACAAGACCAAUAAAGGUUUGCCAAAUGCUCCAGGAAUACUACAUCUUA